AUGUAUUUAUUAAUAUUAUUUUGUAUUUUAAUUAAAUUAGGAUCAUUAAAAGAGAUAUGUGAAAAUGGAUCAUAUGUUUUCACAAAAGCUACCUCUUUAACAAUAAAUAAAGACCCAUAUAAAACUUCUUCUGCUAAUAGUAGAACAAAUUGUUGGUUAUCCUGUACAAAUGAUGAUGAAUGUUUAACAUUUUCUUAUAAUUCAAUUAAUGGAACUUGUAAUUUAUUUACAGAAAAUGGUUUACCAUUUGGAAGUGGAAAUUUAAUAGUUACAGAGGAUGAAAAUGAUGAAUUUUAUCAAUCUAUAUGUAUACAUUCAUUAAAUACCUGUAAUACUUCAUCUGCUUUUGAUAGAUAUCCACAAUAUUUAUUAAUAGGAUAUUCAGAAAAAGUUAUAAAAGAAACAUUAGGUCUUGAGGAAUGUUUUAAACAUUGUCUGGAAUCAACAAAAAAUUAUAAUCUUAAUUGUAGAUCAUUAAUGUUUAAUUAUGAAAAUAAUGAAUGUAUUUUAAAUAGUAUAACAAAAAAUGACUAUCCAAAUUUAUUUGUUCCAAAUGAUAAUGAUGAUGUAAUAGAUUAUUUUGAAAAUAAUUGUAUUGAUGUAUCUUGUACAAAUGAUGAAUCAAUAUUUUGGAUACAAACUAAUUAUUUUAGAAAUAUAACAAAUAGUGAUACAUAUGUUGUUUAUGAAAAUACACCAAAAGAUAGGUGUGUGGAAGCUUGUACAGACAAUGAAUCUAUAAAUGAAGAAGGAUUUAAUUGUAAAUUAAUGAUAUAUGAUGAUGAUACAAGAGAAUGUAUCUUAUCUAAAGGUUCUCUUAUUGGUGGAAAUCAAAUUCAGGAUGCAAAUUAUUUUUAUAAAGAAAAAAUAUGCCUUCAAUCAGAUAUAAAAUGUAAUGGUAAUGCUUUUGAAUUUAUUACUAAUCAUUUUCUUAAUAUUACUGGUGAAACGUUAUAUGAAAUUUCUUUAUCUACUUGUUUAGAAGCAUGUUUAAAAUGGAAAAAAACAUGUACUUCUAUUUCUUAUGACAAAAAUCACCAGAAAUGUUUUUUACAAGAAAAAUCUAGAUUUUCUCAUCCAAGAUUUUUUGUACGUGAUGAUAAUAUGAUAUAUAUUGAUAAUAUUUGUGAAUAUGAUUUGACAAGUAUUACUAAAAAUACUAUUAAUAAAAAACCUAAAAUUUCAACUCAUGGUGAAGAAAAUUUUUCACCAAAAUUUAUAUCUCCAAUAGGAUUAAUUGAAACUAUAACUGAAACGAAACCAACAAAAAAAUUUUUUUCAAGCCAGAACUCAGAAGAAAACACCAUAAUUCUUGAGGGUCCAUUAAAAACAGUAUGUAUGUCUGAUGGAAUAGAAGUUAUAGCAAAUUUUAAGGCACCAUCUGAUGGAUCCAUUGCAAUAAAAGAUCAUUCAUUAAAAUGUAAAUCAAAAUUUACUAGAACAAAAAAAGCUAUUCUAAAUAUUCCUUAUCCAGGAAAUGAAGAAACAGAUCAAAAUUGUCCUGGAAUUGAAGAAGAACCAGGAAAAUGGACUUUUAUAGUUGUUGUUCAAAAAGAUUCAAAUAAUCUUCAGGGGAUAGUUGAUUCAGAUGAUCAAAUAUUUAAAAUUACCUGUGAUUAUACAAAACAACAAAAAGUUAAUAAUAAUGCUAUUAUUCAUGCUGCAAAUUUACAUUCACAUGAGGUUAAAAAUGAAUCAAAAGAGUAUAAAGAUAUUUAUAUGGGAUUAUAUUUAAAUGAUAAACCGGUAACAACUGUAAAUCUUGGUGAUGAAGUAGAGAUAAGAUGGAUAAUGGAAAGUAAAGAAAAAAUUGAUUAUAGUAUAGAAAGUUGUGUUGCUGAGAGAAUUGAUGGUCCCCCUCCACAACCGCCUUCAUUACAACUUUUUAAAGACGGGUGCCCAGAUCCAAAAGUAAAAGGUCAUUUGGUAACUGGACCAAUACAGAAAAUUACAAAUGGAUAUUCAUCAUUAAUAAAAAUAUUUAGAUUUGAAGGUUCAAAAAAAGUAAGAAUACGCUGUUCAGUAAAUGUUUGCCUUGAUUCAUGCUCAAAAACUAUUUGCCAAGAUGAUGAAAACAUUUCAAAAGAAAGUUCUGUUAAUGAUAAUAGUUUUAAGUAUAAUAAUCUAAAAAAAAGAUAUUCAGAUAUAAGUGAAGAAAAAGUUAUAACAGGAAUUUUUUCGAUUAUUGAUAAUAAAAUUCCUAAAAAUUCUCAAAGUAUGUCUUUAGAAGAUAAUCGAUCAACUACACAAAAAUAUUGUCUCUCCAAACUUACCUUUGAAGGAGUUAUUAUUUUUGUUAUUCUUUCAUUUAUCCAUUCUAUAGCUUCAAUUAUUGUUUGGAUAAGAAAAGUUUUUAUAAAAAAGAAUAUAAAAUAG